AUUCAUUACAUUAUUUGAAAAAUGAAUUCCGAAGUCUAAGACAUUAUAGAUUUAUAUUUAUAGAUAGUUUCCAAUUUAGAUUUGGAUCCAUAACACGAUGUCACGAUGUAUUUAAUAAUUUGAUCUCUAUAAUAGAGAAUAACUAAAAAAUGAAAGAAAUUAUUGCACUAUAUUUAGAAUCAUGUUUCCAUUUUUAGAAAAGGAAAUUGAUAACAUACAAAAGGAAAGAAAUCCAACAGGCGAAAAAUUAUAAGGUCUAAUUGAAUUCUUGGUAAAACAUUUAAAUAUAUAAAUAGUCUUACCCAGUUUUAACGAUGGAUUUAUCACACAUAAGUGGUCAUUCUAUUGCUUAAGGAGAUUUGAGACAUCUUUACAACUUUUUAUAAAUUUUACUUGAAUUAUCGAAGCUUUAUAAAGACUAGGUUAUUCCUUCUAAUUCUUCAAGCUAAUAAAGUUCAACUCCUCCAGAAUAGAAAUCGGGUAGCGAUUAUUUUAAUGAUAAUGCUGAUUAUGAUUAAUUAUCUUAAGAUAGUUCAAAAGUAAAAACCAAAUAGAUACCAAAAUACAAAUAUGGACAGGAUCAGAAAAUGAAUCCCUCUUAAGAUAAAAAUGCCACUUCUAAAAAGCAGCCUUAAAACAAUCAAAAGGAAUCUUCAGAUAGAAAGCAGGAGGGGAAAAAGGUACUAAAUUCAAAGGAAAAUCAGUUAAUAGCUAUCAGCAAUAAUUUAUUACCUGUAACCUAACAACAAUAACGAAUUAUAACUCAAGAUCCAAAUAUAGCUACAAAAUAAAAAAAUAAAUAAAAAAAAAAGAACUAACCUAAAGAUUAAGAAAAAUAAGAAGAUUAAAUAGAUAUGGAUUUCUCAGGUAUUAGUGAAAUAGAUUAUGAUUUUUUGGAGUAAUAUGAUGAAGAAGAAAUUAAUUAAUUAGAAGACAAUGAUCCAACAAAAGUUAAAUACAUUAGAGAACUCUAAAAGGAUAACAUUAGAAAAUUACUAUAAGAAAAGAUGAAGGAAGGUGAGGACCUCGUGGAUAAAUCAGAGAUUGACGAUUUUAUAGAUGAACAAAUUAAAGUCAUUAAAUUAUCUUUAGGUAAAUUGAAAAUUUAACCUCCAAGUGAUGAAAAAGAGACAAUGGAAUAAAUCAUCAAAAAGAGAAAUUAGUAUAAAGAAUUUCUAAAGGACUAUCUUAAGACCUAUCAAUAAAAAUAAAAGAAGCAAGAAUCCUAAUAAAAUAAAUAAAUACAUACUUAAAAGUAAUAAAGUAAAAUGAAUCAAAAGAAGAAGGAUGAUUUAAAAAAAGAAUUUGAAAACGAGCAUUUGUCAAUGUACUAUAAAUUGAGAGAUGAAAAACUAAAUUAUUUAAGAAAAAUGUAAAUAUUUAAUUAAAUUCUCAUAGACAUCGAAUAAUCUUUGAAUUAGAAAAAAGGAAGAUUAUUGACGAGAAAAAGGAUCAUCUCUAAAUGAGAAGAUAAUAAAACAUAAUUACUAGGAAUGCACUUGCAUCCGUCGAAAAUGCAUAUAAUGAUAAGAUUUCCAUGUUAAAAGACAAAUUGUAAAAUGAACGAAAGGAAAGACAUGUCGCAGGAGUUGCAUAAAAAUCAGUAAAUUAAUUUAUGAUUUUAAGAUCCUAUCAAAAUUGGAAAAGGAAUUGAAGGAUGAAAAAAUUAAGUAAAUUCAAGAACUCAAAGAUAUUUGGAGAUAAGAGAAAGAAAGGUUCGAUUAUUUAAUGAAAGAUGAUGGAGAACUAGAAAAAAGAAUUCUAUAAAUUUACAAAAAGUAUUGA